AGUGUGGAGCAGCACUCAAACACGUUGCCCAUCCUCAUAUUUCCCUCUGCAGCUGCGUGAGGCAGAGCGAGCAGCGGAGAGGAGAGGGCACACCAGCGUCUCGUGGAAGCAGCGGGAUCAGCGUACCACUUGGCCGAGAGAUCGAUGCACUUGCGCCGAGCCACACAGGAAGGGUGAGUGGCCCCUGUGCACCGGCACACACACAGAGAGAGAGAACCAGAGAGAGAGAAAAGCCGAAGGGACGGAGAGAGUGAGAGGGAAGAAGAUUACACCGAGGCCAAUUUGAAAGCUCUCAGCUGUUCACUCAGAGCAGCUGCUGGCCAGAAGACCAAGACAAACAGGAUCAGCUGCUGUCGGUGCUCUCAAGGUGCAGAGUCGGAGAGAGACUGGCAACACGAGAACAAAGUACUCACGGAAAAAGGUGUGAGUGGAAAGGAGUGGUGGGGUUUCAUCGCAGCAUGCCACUUUCACAGCAGCACCGUGGGGCCACAGCGCCCGUUACAAGCUGGAUCCUGGUUUUGGCUCUGUCUCUUGCUCUACAGGGGGCCAUUCAUGCUGCUCCAUCAGGAGACAACAAGCUGGUUCGUACCACCAGAGUGAGGAGACAGACCCCCGGUGGGGAUCAGCCCUCUUCCUCCACCAACCAGACACUGCUGGAGCAACCAGUGGUCUUUAACCACAUAUACAACAUAAAUGUUCCCUUAGAGUCUCUGUGCUCUGUCGACCUGGACGCCUCAGCACCACCUGUCCCGGGUGACGAUUCACGUGCUGAGCUGGGGUCCAGACCUUCGGUUGAGGGUCCGAUGGAUCCAGCUGGACCAACAGAAUACAUGGAGCAGACUCUGGAUGCUGACAGCCAGGUCACAUUUACUCACCGCAUCAACAUCCCCAAAGCUGCGUGUGGCUGCACAGCGACAACCACGAUCCAGCAGCUCGCCACCAGGGUGGAGAUGCUAGAGAGAGAAGUUUCCAUGCUCCGCGUUCAGUGUGGGUCCGGAUGCUGUGGGGAGAGCUCAGCCAUGGGUCGUUUGGACUUUGUUCCUGGCUGCAGUGGCCACGGCAGCUUCAGCUUCGACUUAUGCGGCUGCAUCUGUGAAGAAGGUUGGAGCGGCAAAAACUGCUCCGAGCCCCGCUGCCCGGACGACUGCUCCGGCCAGGGCGUGUGCAUCGAAGGGGAGUGCGUGUGCGACCGUGACUUUGGAGGCGACAACUGCUCAGAGCCGCGGUGCCCCUCGGACUGCUCGGGCCGCGGGUUGUGCAUCGACGGGGAGUGCGUGUGCGAGGAGUCCUUCACCGGCGAGGAUUGCAUGGUCGGGAGGUGCCUCAACGACUGCUCGAACCAGGGGCUGUGCAUCAACGGGACGUGCCAGUGCCGGCCCGGGUACGUGGGCGAGGACUGCUCGCUGGUGUACUGCGCCAACAACUGCAGCAAGAAGGGAGUCUGCAAGGAGGGCUUCUGCGUCUGCCAGGACGGCUUCGCUGGGGAUGACUGUAACUCCGUGGCACCUGUCAUGAACUUGAUGGUCCGGGGGGUGACUGAUCGCACUAUCGACCUGGAGUGGGAGGGCUCGGUCGUACUCACAGAUUUCCUGGUGACUUACACACCAAGCAGCCCUGGAGGUGUGCAACUAGAGUUAAGGAUCCCAGGCAACACCACCACCUGUACUGUCUCAGGCCUGGAGGCAGGCAUAGAGUACAACAUCAACGUGUUCUCCGUCAUUAACAACAGCAUCAGUGUCCCUGACAGUAUUUCUGUUUGGACAUAUCUCUCCAAUCCGGACGGUUUAGUCUUCAAAUCCAUCACAGAGACGUCGGUGGAGGUCCACUGGCAACCCUUCUACUAUUCCUUCGAUGGAUGGGAGAUCAGCUUCAUUCCCAAGGACAAUGAUGGAGGGAUGACAGCACAGCUGCCCAGCACCAUCACUUCAUUCGUGCAGACUGGUUUGAGACCCGGGGAGGAGUAUACCGUCAACUUGGUGGCGCUCCGAGAUCAGGGUCGAAGUCAGCCAGUCACCGCCACCAUCUCAACAUUGAUUGAUGGCCCCACUCAGCUGAUUGUGCGGGAUGUGUCAGACACGGUGGCGUUCGUGGAGUGGACACCUCCAAAAGCCAAGAUCGAUCAGAUUGUAUUGCGUUAUGGCCUCGUGGGAGGUGAGGGGCCACGGACCACCUUCCGCCUCCAGCCCACACUCAGCCAGUAUUCACUGCAGGUUCUGCGCCCUGGCUCUCGUUACGAAGUGUCUGUCAGAGGAUUGAGGAAAGGAAACGAGAGCGGAUCCAUUUCCACUGAGUUCACAACCGCUUUAUCGUUCUUCUCAGAAAUUGAUGCCCCCAAGAACCUGCGGCUCGUGUCCAAGACCUCCACCGCCCUCGAGCUCGAAUGGGAUAACAGUGAAGCAGAGGUGGAGGGCUACCAGGUGGUGUACAGCACGUUAGCAGGAGAACAGUAUGAUAAAGUCAUUGUGCCACGGAAUGAGGGAGCCACCUCUAAGACCACUCUCACAGACCUGCUGCCAGGCACCGAGUACGGCAUCGGCAUCUCCGCCAUGAAAGGCAGCAACCAGAGUACACCGGCAACAAUGAACGCCAGGACCAGUCUGGACGUGCCCAUGGACUUAACUGUGACGGCGUCUACAGACAACACCAUCACUCUGGUGUGGGGCGUGGUCCAGGGUCCCAUCGACCACUACAAAGUCACCUUCACUUCCUCCUCUGGCGUCACCACAGAGCUGACGGUGCCUAAAGAUGUGACCACCACCACCCUGACCGACCUUGAGCCCGGGACAGAGUACACCAUCACUGUCGCCGCGAGAAGAGGCCGACAGCAGAGCACUGCAGCGACCAUAGACGCAUUCACAGGAAUCAGACCCGUAACGCACCUCUACCUGUCCGAGGUGACUUCAGACUCUGUGUCGGUGGCGUGGAGCGCCCCGGCGCCGCCCGCCAACUUCUUCAUCCUGAGCUACAGCUCCGCCGACGGGACUGACACCUCUAAGGUGACGCUGGACGGCUCCAAGACAAGGUCGCUGGUCCAGGGGCUGCUGCCGUCCACUCCGUACACCGUCAGUCUGAUCACGAUUCAGGGGGAGGUUACCUCUGAGCCCAUUACAGCAUCACUCACUACAGGACUAGACCCACCAAAGGAGGUGACGGUGUCGGAGGUGACCGAAGACGUGUUGACCAUCUCUUGGAUCAAACCACUGGCUUCAUUUGAAUACUACAAGCUUUCUUACCAGUCGGCCAAAGGUCGAGUGGACAGCCUGGUGAUUGACAGUGAUGUGACCAACUACACCUUGUCCAGUCUGUUUCCUGCUACGGAAUAUGAGAUCAGUCUCAACGCUGUCAGAGGGAGUCAGGAGAGCAAAGUGGUCAGCACCUCCGUCUUUACAGCCAUGGACAUGCCAGCUGAGUUGACAGCCCUCAACAUCACUCCACAAGGAGCCCUGCUGCGGUGGAAUCCUCCUCUGUCCAGUGUUGACAACUACGUGCUGACUCUCACACACAACCAAGUAACGGCUGAUACUCUGCUUGUGGAAGGCAACAAGCAGGAGCACCAGCUGACCAACCUUAAGCCCAGCACCACCUACUCCGUGGCCCUCUACGCCACCAAAGGGCCCCUCACCAGCGGCACGGUCAUCACCAACCUCCAGACACCCAUGGAUGCUCCCCUGAACCUGACAGCCAGUGAGGUGAAUCACCGCAGCGCUCUCAUCUCCUGGCAACAGCCAAUCGCAGAAAUUGACAACUACAUGCUCACCUACAAGUCAACUGACGGCAACCGAAAAGAGUUAAUACUGGAUUCAGAGGACACUUGGAUUCGACUGGAGGGACUGGGUGAGACCACAGAGUACACUGUCAAGCUGCAGGCAGCCAGAGGACUUGACACCAGUGCUGUCGUCUCCACUACUUUCACUACAGGGAGUCGUCUAUUUGCAACACCUCAGAAUUGUGCCCAACACCUGCUGAAUGGAGAGACGCUGAGUGGUGUCUACACGAUUUACAUCAACAGAGACCCGAGCCAGGGAGUGCAGGUGUACUGCGACAUGACCACUGAUGAAGGAGGGUGGAUUGUGUUCCAGCGUCGUCAGAACGGCCUGACAGACUUUUCCAGGAAGUGGAGUGACUACAGGAUUGGCUUCGGAAACUUGGAGGAUGAGUUCUGGCUUGGUCUGGACAACAUCCAGAGGCUCGCUGCUCAGGGUCGCUAUGAGCUGAGGAUUGACAUGAGGGAUGGACAGGAGUCGGUUUACGCCAAUUAUGACAAAUUCUCCAUUGGAGAUGCGAGGAACCUCUACAAGCUCAGGAUAGGAGAGUACAAUGGCACCGCUGGUGACUCUCUGAGCUACCACCAGGGCCGGCCCUUCUCUACAAAAGACAGAGACAAUGACAUCGCUGUCACUAACUGUGCCUUGUCCUACAAAGGAGCCUGGUGGUACAAGAACUGCCACCGGGCCAACCUCAAUGGAAAAUAUGGCGAGUCCAGACAUAGUCAGGGUAUCAACUGGUACCACUGGAAAGGCCACGAGUUCUCCAUUCCCUCUGUGGAGAUGAAGAUGAGGCCGUUCAACUUCCGUAGCAUCAGCAGCAAGAGGAGGCGGUCUGCCCCUGUAUAAACAAACCACCUCCGCCCGCCCCGCAGUCUGGAUAAACGGAGUUCGGACAGUGUUCGGUAUUGAGUCCCUGCUAUCUGUGCGCCUCACUGACAGAACAGGCACGUCGUGAUGUAACUGUGCCAAGGCUCUUUAAUGAGGCUGCAACGAAGAAAAUAGUUACGAGGGGAAAAAAAGUUACUAAUACGUAUUAAUAUUCAUUUGUAUAAUAAUACAUCACAUUAUUAAUACACUACCAACAAUCAGAAGCUGUGAUCGAAUGAGUAGCAGAGAAGGUGAAGCCUGGUCCGAACUCUGUUUAUCUCUGCUCCUGCCUCUGUCUCUCCCUGCUGUACUUCUACCCAGAUGAUAGAAGACACUGUAUGUAAUUUAUUAUUAAAUACUUUGAAUGACAAUGGUUUUAUUUGCUGUAAAAAUGGGAAGGCAAAUCAAGAUUUUCUUCCCCCCCCCCCCGUUUCGGUCUGCGAUUUGCCUUUCCCUUGGGGUGCGAGGAAAUGUGCUCAGAAAGGUCCUGAAGAGUUCUCUAGAGUUCCUGUUAUUUUAACCUUUAUGAAAUAACAACACUUUUAAUGAAAGAUAUACUGUAUAUGCCAUUAAAACCCUUAACUGUAAGAUAUAUAUAUAUUUUUAUAACUGAUAAUGUGACAGAAGUCCCAUCUAUUUAAUAUGAUUUGAUGCCUUGGUUUUGUUUAGCCUAUAUUAAGUUGAUGUGAUCAUACGACAUCGUGAUAAAUACUGAACAUGAGAAGGGAAGAAAACCAUGAAAAUCAAAAUCAAAGCACCAGCAACAGCUUCAUCACCAUCUCUUUCAUUUUACAUGUGUUUAACUGUUCAUUUUCAUGUUAUUUGUGGUAACUAUUAAGGCAGAAUGGGGAUAAACAUUAAUAUUCUAAUUUAUUCAUAUUGGCAGUCACAUUGAGACAGUAUUUGCACUACGAGUGGGAACACAGCAACGCUAUUGUUCAUUCAAUUCAGCCGAUAUAUUGAAUCGUUGGUGGGCGUUUGAUAUCACUUUCAAGCAAAUUACAGACACUUAACAUGUAUUUCACCCCCUCAUGUAGAUGCUGUGAUUGCUUGCAGAGAUGGUGCUGAUAGAUGUAACAUUUAACCAAAGAUCUGCAUAAUUAACAGUCAGCCUGCUGUUUGGAAAGACGCCAGUCAAACUGUCACCAGAGCCACAGAAGCAGCUUUUUCUCUCCUGUGUUAAUAGAUUCUCACUUUUCUAGAGUUUUAUGGUAAUCGUGUCCCCAGGCGUUACUUUAUGCAACGCAAACAUUAAACUCGAUGCAAAAGAAAGCCAGGGUGGGCACGCUGCAGAUUUUAGCCUCGCCUCUCCCCCACUGCUAGCUGAGAUGAACUUAACAAAGAGAGCAGAACAGUAGGUGGAGUGGAGCCAAGCCUUCUCCUUUGUGCCCUUCUUUUACUUGCUUCGCUGUUUAAGCUCCCCGGUGGAACAACAUAAUCAGCAAACAUGGCAGAGAAUGUAUUCUUUUAGUCGGGCGGAUAUAAUCUGCAGCGUGCCCACCAAGAAUUUAGUUUUAGUCAGUGUUCUCACUGUUGCACAAAGUGUUCAGUGCUGGCUAAUUAACGGGAGUUUUCUGGAAACAGUUUCUACUUCAGUUUCCUGUCCACUCUUUAGGAGGAAAGUUAUCUCUGUGGAUCCUCCUCUCUGGCAUCACACUGUCAACUAGAAUUGGACUCGGUAGAGUUCAAACCUCCGCCAGGGCACAACAGUCCCCUUAUGUAACCACAUUGAAAUUCAUAAGAUUCAGAUUUUUAUUUGGAUCUGCACCAAAUUGGACACACUCCCCUAAACAUGCCUGAGUUUUGUUCAUCAACAUCUAUGAAUAUUUCUCCGCGAAAUUAGAUGAAGAUGUUGAAUAUCCCAUCUCACAAUGUUAAAGAAAAGAAACCUCCUGGUAUCGACCCUCUGAUCUGGAUCCAAGUUGAAUUGGUUCUUCCCUGACUCACACCACAUCCUUCUACUAAGUUUUGUGGGAACCCGUCUUGUGGUUCUUCCGUAAUCUUGUUUACAAACAAACAAAUAUACAAACCAACCAACAAACUAGGGCACAUUCCUCCGCCGUGGCCAAAACAGUUCACUGCACCAAGUUUCACACUUUCAUGGACAUCAUUCCCCUAAACAUGCCGGAUUUUUCAUCAAGAUUCAUCAGAAAUCAAAAACAAUGUUGAAAAAUGCCUCCUAAAAUCCUGCAAUGUUAAAGAAAGGGAUCCAAAGUCCUGGAUCUGUCCACCAAGUUUCAUGGUAAAACAUCAAGCAAACUUUGUGUAAUCUUGCAUACAAACAAACUGACAGGGGUGAAAACGUAACCUCCUUGGCGGAGAUAACGAAAACAAAAUGAAUUGUCCAACACAUGACUUGGAAUUCAAUGUCAGCAUCGAUUCAAGCAACAUUCGGUCUGAUGUAUGUUCAAUACGCCAAUUAUGAACAGCUGCAAAUGUCAUUCUUCUCUAAUUCAGUUAUAUUAUUAUAUAUUUCAGUCAGUUUCUUCAAUUCUCAUUGAAGUGAACCAGCAAAUCUGGUUUGUAUCAUACGUCUGUGGAUAUUUUUUCAUUUGCAAUUUCUUUCUGUCCUUUUUAGAAAAACGAUAACAAUAGUGACUCUCCCCUCUAUAAACUACUACUAAUAUACUCGUGUAGAUAUAGAGUUGACGAUACUGUGUCAUUGGAUGUGUUCCCCCUUAAACUGCAAACUAAUUAAUGAAGCCCACUGAAACAUUUCCACUCAACCUCUGUGUUUCUAGCCAUUGUGUUCAGGGCUGGAUGGAGAACUACUGCAUGUCGACUCCAUUGCAAUCCUGAGCCUGAUAGUAGAUGUCAUUAGAACAUGUUUUCAUUUUGAUUUUAUUGUGUCACAUUACUCUGCUGCUGUGGGUCAAAGGUGCUUUUGAAAUGGUUUGCGAGAUAGAAGAUGUAGAAAAACGUUUUUUUACAUCAUCAGGUGGGAACAGUGGAACCGGCCUCGAAGGCAAAAUACAACCAACAUAACCCAAAAUAUAAUUUAUAACAAACAGUUUCAGCACGUGACCCCUCCCCAGGUCUGAUUUAUGUUUCGGUGUCAAAGGGACUAUUCCAUAGCCUCUCAUGCAAUCCAUCUCCCGUAGUGAUUUAUGGUAGCGUAGCAAAUUCUCCAUGUACUUAUUUCAUUAACAACUUAGAUGAAGUUUGCCUCUGUGUAUUUUUGUACAAGGAAUCAAAGGUCCUGAGGCUUUGCAGAGAAGGAACAGAAUGUUAUUUGUACUGUGAGGGAUUUCUGUCAUGGCAAUCUGUGAGGUGCUCUUUCACUAAACUCUCAAGAAGAAAGCUCAUUUAAUAUUCACGUUUAUUUUACAUAUUUGUUUUUCAACCAUCCUCCAUCAGUGAGAAAAUCACAUUGAGUCAAGUAGAAAACUUCUCUCCCACCUUUUAUUUUAGGCCAAUCUAUUUAUGUAUGUUCUUUUCUUUAAAUAAGUCAUCCAUAGCUUGAGACAAACAUCACAUUCAUUAGUGUAAUUAAAAAGCAAUAUUACUUUUGAUUGAGAGCUUUCAGAAAAAGAUAUUGAAACCCUCUCGUCAUGGAAACAUGUCUGGAUUUACACAGAUGAAAGGAGUCUGAAUUAUAUUCCCUUUAUAAACACAUACGCCUAAAUAGAUUGUUUUUCUCAAUACAAACAAACUGAUUAAGUCAUUUUUUAAAUCUUUUAUCUCAAUGUUUGUCAUUAUGUAAAGUUUCACCCCAUCAGUCUUUGAAGAGAGCAUCUCCCCCAUUAUUAAAGUGUAAACCUCAGUCACUGGAAUAAACUCACACAGCAUCGGCUCCUUUCUACUGAGGAAGCUCGUUCCCCCUUAUUUAUUUCACUGCAGUUCAUUUUCCAAUCACUCUGUGACUGAUGUGACAUUGUAAAAAGAAAUCGGUUAAUCGCGCCACCAGGUCCUGUUUGGUAUCAAAAAGAAAACGUAUUUAUUUCACGGGUUUACUUUUGCAAGCUGAUGAACUGAUAUGACCACGAUGUUUAGUGGGAUUCGUUACAGACGCCAGGUACCGUCAAUGAUUGGAGAUCUCGCCACGAGAAUGUAAAUGUUAACAGAACGUGAUCUUGACUGUUUGAAAAGCUCAUAUGUACUGAAACUGCAGAUUUGUUGUUGGAUAACCUUGGAUAUUACUGUCAAAUUUAGCUCUAGUUUGAACAUGUACUAUAUAGUUCCUUUUUUAUUACAUUUUCUACAUAUUAAUAAAAUAGUAAAAUAGUCUCA